AUGCUCACCAAGAUCGACCAGCCCCCUGCGCACAUAAGCGAAGAUGAGCACGCGCAACUUACAGCCUCCACCCCUGCCUCCUUUGCGGACAUACCGCCUGUCCUCCGGUGGGGCGAUGUCGGGGACGUAGAGGUCGGCGGGGAGGGAUGGUGGGAUGGGAAGGUAGCUGGAAGGAUCUACGUCACUGAGCUGUACGUCCCCUGGGCUCCAGCUCCAGCCGCUGUCCUCGCUUUCAUCCCCUCCUCUGGUCAACCGGGCUUCUCACUUCCAUAUCAAUCCCUCACCCUCCAUGCUCUGACGUCCGCAUCGGCAGACGGACCCGCACAUCUGUAUUGCCAGAUAGAUGAUCAGGUGGCAGGGGCGGAGGCGGGGUCGGACGACGGGGAGGACGCGGAAAUGCGGGAGAUUAGAAUAUAUGUUGAAGAGUCAAAACUCCAACCCCUCUUUGACGCCCUCUCGGCCUGUUCAGCACUCCACGACUCCCUCCUUCUUAACGGCCAACCUUCCUCGUUCCCAUUCAUGGACAAUGACGACGACGACGAGAAUGAAGAUGCGUGGGAGGACGCAGAUGAGAGUGGGGAGGCAGGGAUGAAUGGGGAUGCGGGCCGGGUAAGGAGUGAUUUCCAAAGUGGAGGGGGACCGGCAGCGAGGUUUAGGCCGUAUUGA